CAUUAGCAUACUCAUACAAAAUACCAAAUUCUUUUUCUUUUUUCAAAAAAGAAAAACUAAACUAAUAUGAACCCCUCUCUCUCUAAUGAUAUAAAGUAGUAAUAACGGCAAAGAGAGAAAAGAGAAACUAUUAUAAUUCGGCCAUGAAUGCUUCCUUGCUUUCUCUGCACCCAUAAACCCAUAACUCUCUUUCUUACCUUUUCUUUUCUUCUUUUAAAUUCAUUACAGUAACAUAACUGAUCUACCAAGCAAAGAAGCUCAAGAAAGAACAAAAAUAUAGCAUACAUAUAUGCCAUGAAUUUUAUUUUUCCCUGCAAACUAGAUUGCGAAUAUCUCUUUUUCAAAUUCUCUGCAUCGAAACUUAAUCAAUAGCGCCACAAGAACCACACCCAGAUUCCAAAAUCUUAUCUUUUGGUUAAAAUGUCUAAGAAUCCAUCUCAGCAAGAGCAUGAACCCAUGCAAGUAUUUGAAAUUUUCAAGAAAUUCAAACGUUUGAGACUUUUUGAGCCUUCUGUAGGAGUUUUGGGAUUCUUUUUGGUUACGGUUUGUGUGAUUUGUUGCUUCUUUUACUUUGAUUUCAGGGAUGCGAUUACUAAAGGGUAUAAAGUUCCAGGUAAAUCAGAGAGGUAUAUGUGGUUGCAGUUUAAUGAGUCUAGUCCAAUUAGAAGAGUUGAGUUUUUGGGACAAGAAGGUGAUGGUUGUGAUGUUUUUGAUGGUGAAUGGGUAUGGGAUGAUAACUAUCCUUUGUAUCAGUCUAAAGAUUGCAGCUUUUUGGAUGAAGGGUUUAGGUGCACUGAAAAUGGCAGGCCUGAUUUAUUCUACACCAAAUGGAGAUGGCAACCCAAGUUUUGCAACUUGCCCAGAUUUGAUGCAAAAUUGAUGUUGGAGAAACUACGCAACAAGAGGCUAGUGUUUGCUGGAGAUUCAAUUGGAAGAAAUCAAUGGGAGUCUCUCCUCUGCAUGUUGUCUUCUGCAGUUCCUAAUAAGGAUUCAAUCUAUGAAGUGAAUGGCAGUCCAAUUACUAAGCAUAAAGGAUUUUUGGUAUUCAAGUUUAGGGAUUAUAAUUGCACCAUAGAGUACUAUAGGUCUCCAUUUCUUGUAGUUCAAGGCCGUCCUCCUGCUGGUGUUCCAAAAAAUAUCAGAUUAACACUAAAGUUGGAUCAAAUGGAUUGGAACUCUGGGAAGUGGAGAGAUGCUGACUUGCUGGUCCUCAACAUGGGGCAUUGGUAUAAUUAUGAGAAAACCAUUAGAGGAGGUACUUACUUUCAAGAAGGGGCAGAUGUGAAAAUGGAAAUGAAUGUAGAACAAGCCUAUAAGAGGUCCAUUGAGACUGCGGUGCAGUGGAUAAAUGAUAAAGUGAAUACAAGCAAGACCCAAGUUUUCUUUCGUACAUUUGCACCUGUGCAUUUCAGGGGGGGAGAUUGGAGGACAGGAGGAAGCUGUCACUUGGAGACCUUGCCGGAGCUUGGGUCAUCAUCGGUUCCAUCUGAAACAUGGACCCAAUACCAAAUAGUAACUGAUGUUUUAUCAGCUUACUCGAAGGAGAAGCAGGAAAUGAAACUUGAUGUAUUGAAUAUAACCAGCAUGACUGCACGAAGAAAGGAUGCGCAUUCAUCUGUAUACUACCUACAUUCCCAUCCUGCACCAAUGCAUCGGCAAGACUGCAGCCAUUGGUGUUUACCUGGUGUCCCUGACACGUGGAAUGAACUCCUCUAUGCACUCUUCCUAAAGCGUGAAGCCGCAAAGACGUUUAACUUAUCAUCUUAUACAGCACAGUUUUGAUUAAUAAAGUUCCUAUUCAUACCCCAAUUCUGAAGAUAGGAAUAAGAUGCAUAGAGAUGACUCCAUGUUCCCCAACAAGGAUAGAACAUGUAUAGUGAUUUUUGUUACAGUUGCAAUUAAAGUGGGGAAAGCAACAGGUACUAGAAUUUUGUUGCUGAUACGAUGUCAGAGUGGAACUGGAUUUUUGACUUGGAAAGAAAGACAGUUGAUCAAGGGAGAGGGCAAUUGUAGAAAUAUAUUCAUACAACAGGUUGUUGUAAUUAGUGAUUAAGAAUGAUCGGGUGGUGUAAUUUCUUUGAGGUAAAUGUAAUUAGCAAAUAAUUAUUAUUUGUCAAACAAUAACAAUGGCAGAAAAAGCUAUUCCAGUUUUACAAAUUCUUUGACAGGA